CGCCCACUGCUAUCUGAAUAGUAGGAGACAAGAGGUCACCAGCAAUGCAUCAUGGCCUUCCCAAACCUCCCAAAGCGAUUUGCCUUGCUCGUCGGCAUCGACCUAAAGAAUGAAAAUGGAGAACCACACUCUCUCAGAGAGCUUCGAGGCUGUGUCAACGAUGUCCGGGCGGUCGCGGACCGACAGAGCCGUCAGAUUGUCGGCCCACAUUCGACAACAUCAAGAGGGAAUUCGACACUGGCUGAGCAGGCUGGUCCUGGUGACCUCUUCUUUUUUCACUUCUCUGGGCAUGGGGCACGGCUGCAACCGACGAGCAAAUCCCCGCCCGGGAGGCUGACAGACCCAUCCCUGAUGACGAUGGACUUUUGCUGCGGAAACCCUGCAGUGAGAGGAUGGCAGCUGAACGAGUGGCUGAAAAGGCUCAACGAGAAGCAGAUUCGGACCAUUGUCAUCCUCGACAGCUGCCACUCUGGCGGCGCCUGGAGGACUGGUGAAAACGUUCGAACUCCAGAAGGCUGGACGAACGUCCCCAACCUUCCCGCCGACGAAGAGGCAAUCACAGAGACCGCUGUCGAAUCGGGCAGCCGCGAUGGGGAGUUGGAAAUGUCCUGGUCCAUCAACCCGGACGGAUUCACGCUGAUGGCAGCCUGCGAAAGUCAUGAGGUGGCCGCAGAGAAGACUGUCAACGGCACAUCUUACGGCGCAUUCACCCAUGGACUCUUGGCGUGCCUCAAGCAGAACCGACCAAGCGAGGCAAUUGUGACUUAUCGGAAUCUGCGCGACCAGGUCGUCAAGUGGGUCAACGGACAGACUCCUCGGGUGUAUGGUCGAGACAGGCUGGCAUUCUUCGGAGACGAGGAGCCAUUCUCGGCAACACCCCUCGUCGUGCGACUCGAAGGAGAGAAUAUUUACCUUCCCAUUGGAAAAGUUCACGGUGUUCGGGAGAAGUCCGAAUUCACAACUUAUCCGCCUACGUCGCACAUAACGUUUUCGGUGGAUCGAGUCGACGACUUCGAAUGCAGCGCCCGGGUGCCAUCGGCCCUCCAUGCGCAAACUUUGCAUCAGCACAACAAUCAGAUCGUUCCGCGUCGGUGGAGUUUGGGAGACGACAUUCUCCAAGUGUUUGUCCAUCCCCCUCUGGGGAGCGGAUUCCAGCAGGCGCUUCAUGCCGCUCUUCAGGAUAGGAUCGUUGGAGAUAUCGAGAUCACCGAGCCCAACGACAGCUACGGACCUGACUCUGCCGUGUUUAGGAUGACACAGCGUGGCAAUGACGGCAUCAACCUCGCCGGAUCUCCGUCUUUGACCGGGUACGAAGGUCCGGUGCGCGGGUUGGACCUCACAGGCGUCAACACCGCUCAACGGGCCACAAAAUCUGCCGUUGCUUUGGCUCACUUGACCCGGUUCAGACAAAUCCUCAGCCUCAGUGGCAACGCGUCUCAGCAGCUUGGGCCGUUCGAGCUGACUCUGAAACCGAAGAUUUCCGGGGGCAACCUCUCGGGUGGCCAGGGAAUAGAGUUCGUGUUCAGGAACACAUCCGAAUCUCAGCUCCACUUCACGGUCUUGGUGCUCAGUCCUGGAUUUCAUGUGAAGCAGCUUUACCCUUCGGAGGAUUUUCCAAAAUCGGUGGAUCCGGGCCACGAGGUCUUGUUCACCUUUAACCUGACGGUACCUGACCCGCUCAACGGAUAUGAAGAGCAGCGAGACAUAAUCCGUACAGUUGUCACGAGAGGCAUGCAGCUUUCCUGGAAGAGCCUGGAACUGCCUGACAUAUGGAAUGCUGAUCAGCUGGCCGACAAGCGCAGUGGCUCAGGGAGGGACGCGAAUUUGCUGUCCGAGUGUAGCUGCUGGGUCAAGGACAACCCUCUUUCUCCAUGCUGCCAGAAUGCACAACCCAGUCAGGCAUUACGUCAGCUCCCUGCUUGUCCCCUUUACCCAGGCAGCUUGCUUCUAGGCAUUUUGUUACAAGAGAAGAGAACACGAUGUAGAGUAAUGACACUUCAGCUUGUGCUCUCUGGUACAAGACCGUCCGCAUAUCUAGUCAAAGGAGCAUCGGACGGAGGCGUGCGUGUUGUGGUUCACGUUGAGUGCAUGGAAGAGCGUGGCUCGAAGCGCUCAUAUCCCGAUGCAUUGACGAGUUGGUGA